AUGACACAAGUGCUCGCACUGGCUGCCCGACACAUGGAAGCCAUCGGAGCUCCUGUUCGCCGUCACGUGGACCUGGGGCAGCAGUACAAGCAGCCAGCGGGCAUCGCCGCCGCGGCUGAUGGGGGCCACUCUCCCUCACCUCUCCGGUCCGCGUCAUCAAGAAAGCGGGCUUCCACCAUACACGCCGUGGAUGCCGACCGCGGCAUGCAGGAGUCCCCCAGCGCCAGCAGCGCAGGCACCCAGAGGCAGGAUGGAGCCAGGGAUCUCAUCUGCCUCUGCACGCCAGCCCCCAAGAUUCCAAGGCCACGAAACGCAUUUAUCCUGUACCGCCAGCAUCAUCAGGCGCAGGUAACAGCAGAUAAUCCCAAGCUGUCCAACCCGGACAUUUCCAAGAUCAUCGGAGAGAAGUGGAAGAAUGAAGAUGAAGAUGUGAAGCAGACGUGGAAGAACCUCGCCGAGGAGGAGAAGCAGCGCCACCAGACACAGUACCCAAACUACCGCUACCAGCCGCGCCGCGGCAACAAGCCGCAGGCUGGAUGGGGGACCACGUCGCCGACCGAGGAGCCAGGCCGGUGCCCAAAGUGCCAUGGACGAGCCGCUGCCACGCCACAGACACCAUCGACCCCCUUUGCAACGUCUCCCGCCGCCAAGGUAGGGGCUGGAUCUCAAGGCAGGCCCAGCCUCCAACGGGCAGAUACGGACAGGUCUCGUCGAUCGAGCUUCGAGCAGUCGCCCACAAGCGCACUAGCAUUUCCGACCAAGCUGCCUUCCGUGAGGGAUGUGGAGAGUGGGGAGCCGACCUCGCCAGGCAUGAAGAGACGUCGGGCCAAUGAUGCCGGUGGAUACCAUCCCAUCAACGGAUCUCUCAGCGGCUAUGUGAGCAGGAAGCCAGGAGAACCAGCUGUUGCACGGACGGAUGGGCCGCCACAAACUCCUGCUCAUGCAUUUGUUCGAACGCCCCUACCCGAACUUGGGGGUUUGCCGAGAUCUCAGAGCGGCCCGAUGCCCCCACCGUUUCGACCCUCGCCUUCGACAUCCUGGCUGGAGAAAGACUCGUCGAACCGGAGGCACAGUGGCUUUGACGAGUCUCUUCGAUUGCCGCCCCUGCAGUCGUCGGUACCACCAUCGCCGUCCCGCAUGCCGUCCUUGGACACUCGUCGAGUCAGCUUGCCCAUGGGUGGCCUCAUGGAGUCACCUCCUCGAGAGCCUCGCGGCCUGAGCACCUCAUCCAUGGAAGACAGCAUCAUGGCGAUUCCAUUCAGUCGCAAGCUGUCCGUUCUUGCGAGCAUCUGUCGGACCGCUCCGCCCUUGGCAAGGGAUGCCGACCCGGGGGGUACGAGAGGCGCUUUCAUUGCAGUGGAAGGUUCUGACGCGAGGUUGCUUCGAGAGGUGGGGACCGUCAUCGAGAAGACGCUGGUGGCGUGCGGCGACAUUGACUUGAAGGUGUGGAAGGACGAGUCGCCCGAGAUGGACUCGUUGGUACAAGCAUCGUCCUUGAGUCGUGCUGGUAGCAAAUUCGGCGAUUCCUUCGAGCCGUAUUUCGACGUCGUAUCCUCGUGGCAGAAGAAAUCAAAGCAGAUUGGCCGCCACAUUACCGGCAAGACGGCCCUCAUCCCGAGUGCCGAGGAUCAAAGAGCAGACGGGGAGCGGGUGGUGGCCCAAGCCCGUUCAACCGAAGCCUGCACGCCGCCGGAAGACGACAGAGGACCAGGCUCGACCGUCAGGAUGCCGGUGGCACUAGCCAGAGACGGGUUCAGCUUGACGGUGUCGGACAGGUACGCUUGCACGAUGCCAAUCCAGGACACUUACUCGCCACUCGAUCAUUGGCAGUGGAUGGCGUCGCUUUGGCGUGGCACUGUCUGUCCGGAUCUCGUGGUCCACGUCAUGCCGGCUGAAGACGAGGAGACAGGUAGCCGCAGGGUUGUCGAACUCUCGCGGCGCCUGGGCUCGAUCCUCGUCAAAUUGCCCUCGGGCAAGGAAAUCGAUGAGGGCACAGAGAGGAGGAUUGCCUUUGAGGUGAUGGAGUGGAUGAGAGAGGGAUCGUUCCGCGAGGCGCUGCCUCAAGGAUGGAGGUCAGAUGCUCUAUGA